CUCGUCUAUGGUUAACUGACUGUUUAGUGCCUUUCCUCCGCUCCUGUUCGGAGAUUCGCUUUCAACAGGUAAAAAUGACAGAACCAACCAAGCAAGAUAUAUCUGCCAUUUUCAAGCGUUUACGUUCAAUUUCUACGAAUAAGGCGUGUUUCGACUGCUCCGCGAAGAACCCUAGCUGGGCCAGCAUCACAUAUGGAGUCUUCCUGUGUAUUGACUGCUCAGGGACGCACCGAUCUCUGGGAGUGCACCUGUCCUUUAUCAGAUCUACUGAGCUGGACUUCAACUGGUCCUGGUAUCAGCUGCGUUGCAUGCAAGUCGGAGGCAAUGCCAGUGCGACUGCUUUCUUUAGUCAGCAUGGUGGUACUGAUGGUGCAGCCAACGUUAAAUAUAACAGCCGUGCAGCCCAGCUUUACAGGGAGAAGAUCAAGAGUCUGGCCACCCAUGCCACCAGGCAUCGCGGCACAGAGCUAUGGCUGGACAGCCAGGCUCCUCUCUCCCCUACAUCUCCUGGGGACAAGAUGGAAGACUUUUUCAGUCAACAUACACAGAAUGAAGGAAGCUCUGUACAGCAAAUGCUUCCAUCACAAGCAAUCCUGCAAGACGACAACAAUGAUAACAAUGAAGAGGGCCCCUCUGUCGAGCUCCUUAGUGUUUCUCCAAAGGCAUCUUUAGAGCCUUCUCUACUUAAAAAAAAGCCAGCAACAGCCAAGAAAACUCUGGGCUCUAAAAAAGGAGGCCUGGGGGCUCAGAAGGUGAGCAGCCAGAGUUUCUCUGUGCAGGAGAAGCGGGCCCAGGCCGUGGACAGGCUCCGUCAGGAGUCAGCCUCCGAGAAGGACACCGAGACCGAGGAGCCAGCUGCGGCCUCUCUGCGGCUGGCCUAUCAGGACCUGGAGCUGCAGAGGAAGAGGGAUGCUGAGAGGCUGCGUGGGCUUUGUGGCCAGAAAAGGCAGCAGGCUGAGAGGCUGGGCAUGGGCCUGCCCAACAGGACUGGAGUGUCCCACUCUGUCCUGUCAGACAUGCAAACUAUUCAACAGGAGGCACCUACUUUGGCCCAGUCCUCCUCUCGCUCCAGGAAGUACAGCGAGGACGAGGAAGGGGAAGAGGGACGUUUUUCCUUCAGAACCUCCUCCAGGCUUGCCGAUGAUGUUACCCAGCCAUCUGACCAGUUCUUCUCACAGUGGGCAGACAUCCAGAAGAAAGAAAGCAAGAAGGCAGAACCUGACUUUUACAUGAUCUCCCAGAGCUCAUCAUUUGAUGAGAGGAGCACUGCGAGAAGAAAAGUGGACCCAGGUCCUGUAUAUGUGUGUGAUGAUGCCCAGAAAAAGUUUGGAGAGGCCAAAGCCAUCUCCUCCGACAUGUUCUUUGGUAAACAGGAAAAUUCUGAGCAUAUGCAGACUGAGCUGGAGAUGUCCUGUUCUGGGCAGUUUGAAACAAGGGCACGCCUGGAGCGCUUCUCUGGCAGCUCAGCCAUCAGCUCAGCGGAUCUGUUUGAUGAACAGAAGAAAAAGACCAGCAGUUCCUAUGGCCUGAGUAACAUGCUGCCCAGUGCGCCAGACAUGUCGCAGCUGAAGAUGGGCGUGCGCUCCGUCGCUGGCAAGCUCUCAGUCAUGGCCAGCGGUGUGGUGUCAUCUAUCCAGGAUCGCUACAGCACAUGAGGGUUUUGGGUGUAGAGAAGGACCAGAGAUGCUUCAUAAAGCAGCCUCUCAACAUGAAGGUGAAGAGAUACCAUAUUUGCCUACCUGUAGGUCACAACAGCAUUACGAUGAAAUAUGAUGCAUAUAUGUAGCUUCAUAGAUUAGUUAUGUAGAUGGCCAUUUUACCUUAAUUCUUAACAACCAGCUCUGCUGGGGAGCUAACUGAAGGACACUCUUUGCUAUAUUAUUUGACAUCAUAUUAUUAUUGAGGGCACUUUGGGCUAUUCAGCUAUGGGGCAUCUUUCUUUUACUUUCUUUUUUUGGCAAUUUUUUAUAUGUCAUCUUUAUUUUCAACUGAAUUGAAAGCAGAAGGGGUCUUAUGGAAUGGACUCUUAAGUGCCCUUAUUUCUGGGGUGGAAAUCUGCAUAGAUUUCAAUCUUUAAUCAAUAUUUCUUUUUUUCUGUCAGUGGGUGAUAUUUCAAGUGAUACCGCAAAGUUCUGUGUGAUUUAACUGACAGCUAUAAGAAAUGUUAAAUGGUUAAUAUGAUGAUUUUCUUUUUAUUUCUUAUUUCUAAUGUCUUAUUUCUUUUCCCUGUGUAUGAAGUUGAAAGAGAACCCACCAAAGAAAUGUAUGGCUGAUUAUGGUAAAGAAAUGGGUGUAUGCACAUUUAGGUGGAAAUAGGUGCUACUGUUGAGAGCAAUUUAUUUCAUCAACAUUAAUGGGAUGGGUGUGACCUUUUAAUGUGUUCUGUUGUUGGGCUGUGGGUAGAAGAGUUAUACAUGGAAUAAGCACACAGAAAUGACAUACAUACCGUAACAUUCAUGUCAAAUGUACUUUGUAAUGUGGCUCUUCACCCCCAGGGCCAUUUUUUGUUUAUACUUGUAGGUUUGGCCAUUUGCAAGAGCAGCUUUUGCUUGAUUUAUAUUGUAUGCACUACAAAUUACCAAUAGAAGUGUUUCAUAGUCAGCUGCACACUGUGUAAACUUUAUGCUGAGUAUAUUGACCGAGUUUAAAUAUAAUGAAGACUUGUGUUUAGAAAACAAACCAGUAAUUUCUUCUGAGAAGAAUAACUGAUUUCUAUACAUUUCAGUUUAAGAAUAUUUUCAAGCCGUAUGCUUCAUGUUUUUAGUAUCUCUCUAUGUCCCAUGCACACAAACGUAGACAAACAGCGUUCGAGUUGAAAAGAGUGAAGGGACUAGGGGUGGAAAGGGUAUAUCUACGCAAAGAUGAAAUAAAGACUCCAACUG